GUGCUGCAGAGCGCGUCUUUUCCAGUUGUGAGUAGAGUCUAAGGAGGCUUUAUAAACAGAAGACCCCAUGUGUGGACUUGAAACUUGACUUCUUGAACAGUUGAAGUAUUCUAUUAGUCAUCGACGCAUUAUUCCCGCUUUUCAGAAUGUCUACAGAAAACUUCAGAAUGCCCACAGACAACUUUUCAGACUUGGAGCUGGAGCUAACUGAUCUGCUCCAGGAGUUCGCUGACGUGGUUGAGGAGUUGAGAGAGCCUUCACAAAGCGUCCCGUACGCAUACGAGCGGCUCCUGUCUGAUGCCAAACGGCGCACCGGGCUAGGGGACGACGGCUCAGUGGUCAGCGACAGCGGCGUUGAGGACAAUAGUGACUGCAGCAGUGAGGUGUCUCUGGGUAACAGUUGGAACACCAGUGAAGAAGAGCUCCACACUGCAGGCAUACCAGUGAUGCCCAAAGCCAGAAUGGGAGACACAGGAGACCUACAGAGAUUCAUCGACAGUUUGGACCGGGAACUUGCUGAUAUGUGAACGGAAAGCGACGGAGAGAUGUAGAGGGAGAGAGACGGAGAGAGAGACGGAGAGAGAGAGACGGAGAGCUGCUGAGACCACGUGGAGAGAGAGACGGAGAGAGAGACGGAGAGAGAGACGGAGAGAGAGACGGAGAGAGAGAGAUGGAGAGCUGCUGAGACCACGUGGAGAGAGAGACGGAGAGAGAGACGGAGAGAGAGACGGAGAGAGAGACGGAGAGAGAGACGGAGAGAGAGAGACGGAGAGCUGCUGAGACCACGUGGAGAGAGAGACGGAGAGAGAGACGGAGAGAGAGACGGAGAGAGAGAGACGGAGAGCUGCUGAGACCACGUGGAGAGAGAGACGGAGAGAGAGACGGAGAGAGAGACGGAGAGAGAGACGGAGAGAGAGAGAUGGAGAGCUGCUGAGACCACGUGGAGAGAGAGACGGAGAGAGAGAAGAGAGAACAAGUUGCAUGGAUGGCUACUGCUGAACAAACACAUCCAUACACACACACACACACACACACACACACACACACACACACACACACACACACACACACACACACACACACACACACACACACACACACACACACACACACACACACACACACACACACACACACACACACACACACACACACAGCACAGUUCUGUCCUGUUGUGUUCAGAGAAAGCCAGCUCUCUCCUGGCACCUCUGGGGAAAAAAGGUUAAACAUGAGGAAUUAAAAGAGCAUCAUGUUCAAAUAUCUAGAACAGCACUGGACCUGAGGUGGUAGACUAUAUCCCUUCCCUCAGACUGGUGACGUAUUCACACCUAAAUCAAACUGUUUUAUAGUCAACGUGUCUCUCUUCAACAGGAGAACGUGUCUCUCGUCAACAGGAGAACGUGUCUCUCUUCAACAGGAGAACGUGUCUCUCUUCAACAGGAGAACGUGUCUCUCUUCAACAGGAGAACGUGUCUCUCUUCAACAGGAGAACGUGUCUCUCUUCAACAGGAGAACGUGUCUCUCUUCAACAGGAGAACGUGUCUCUCUUCAACAGGAGAACGUGUUUCUCUUCAACAGGAGAACGUGUCUCUCUUCAACAGGAGAACGUGUCUCUCUUCAACAGGAGAACGUGUCUCUCUUCAACAGGAGAACGUGUCUCUCUUCAACAGGAGAACGUGUCUCUCUUCAACAGGAGAACGUGUCUCUCUUCAACAGGAGAACGUGUCUCUCUUCAACAGGAGAACGUGUUUCUCUUCAACAGGAGAACGUGUCUCUCGUCAACAGGAGAACGUGUCUCUCUUCAACAGGAGAAUGUGUCUCUCGUCAACAGGAGAACGUGUCUCUCUUCAACAGGAGAACGUGUCUCUCUUCAACAGGAGAACGUGUCUCUCUUCAACAGGAGAACGUGUCUCUCUUCAACAGGAGAACGUGUCUCUCUUCAACAGGAGAACGUGUCUCUCUUCAACAGGAGAACGUGUCUCUCUUCAACAGGAGAACGUGUCUCUCUUCAACAGGAGAACGUGUCUCUCUUCAACAGGAGAACGUGUCUCUCUUCAACAGGAGAACAUGUCUCUCUUCAACAGGAGAACGUGUCUCUCUUCAACAGGAGAACAUGAAUGGGUGCCAUUUCAUAUGCAGAUAUGAAGGAAGCAAAUCAGUGGGGGGGAGGCAGUAGAGACUCUACAGUAUCUUGUGAUUAGUAAGUGUUUAAGCCAACCUGCUGUUUCCUGAUGGAAGGCCUUAUAAUAGUGAAACCCAUUGUUAUCACAACCCAAUGUGUUGGAACCUCCCCAUGUACAGUAAUUGUAAAAAUGCUACGUUUUAUAUUGUAAAGUGCAAAGCGAUGUACAGUAUUAUAUUACCUACACUACAAACAGACCAGUCCCUAACCUGAUGAUAAUGAUUUUUGUACAGAGGAAUGCACAGAUGAAUAAAGAUAAUAAUAAUA